ACAGACAUGGUAUAGUUUGUGAUUAUAAACUCUUGGUGUAAAUGAAAAGUCAAAUUAAAACAUCUUCAAAUUUAAAAAUAUAUUUUUGUAAGGAACUACUAAUAAAAAUUGAGAUCCCCUCAUAUAUGAAUUCUCUAAACACCCAUUGAUGGAUUUUCACUCACUCUUUAUAUCUCCACAAUUAAUCUCCCCAUAAACAAACAUAUACCCUCUUAAAUUUGUUUUCCCUCUCUAAAGUCUCAACUCUUUCUUGUAUCCAAGUAAAUGAUCAUGGCUUUAAUCUCUUCAAUUCUAAAGCAUGCCAAAUCUCUUUCUUCCUCUAAUUUAUCUACUAAUUAUUUACAAAGAAGUGUAUAUUUAAUUCCUAGAGUUGGAGGUUAUAGAUAUAUGUCUAGUGAUGCUAGAAAAGAAAAUAUUGUAAUAGUUGGGGCAGGAAUUGCUGGCCUUGCUUCUGCUGUUUCACUUCAGAGGUUUGGUAUUAGAAGCUUGGUUCUUGAGCAAGCUGAGUCAUUGAGAACUGAAGGAAGCUCAAUUACACUUUCUAAAAAUGGAUGGAAGGCACUUGAUGCUAUUGGAGUUGGUGAUCAACUUAGGGAUAAGUUUCUUGAAAUUCAAGGGAUAGAAUUUAAAUUAGAUGAUGGAAGGGUGUUAAACUCCUUUGGGUUCAAAGAUGAGGACAAAAGCCAAGAACUAAGGGUGGUGGAGAGGAGAGUCUUACUGGAAACACUAGCAAGUAAGCUACCACCAGAUGCUAUCUCAUUUUCCUCAAAGUUGUCAAAGAUUGAACAAAGUGAAAAUGCUAGUAAUACCUUAUUGCAACUUCAAGAUGGAACUCGUUUAUCUGCUGAGGUAGUGAUCGCUUGUGAUGGUGUCUGGUCACCAAUGGCUACGUGGAUGGGAUUUCGACAGCCUAAGUAUGCAGGGCAUAUCGCCUUUCGAGGCCUGGGAUAUUUUCCUGAAGGACAGCCAUAUGAACCAAAAGUACACUACACUUACGGAAGAGGAUUACGUGCUGGAUUUGUUCCUGCUUCUAAAACCAAGGUCUAUUGGUUUGUCAUGUGCAACAGCUCAUCUCCAGGUCCAAGAAUCACAGAUCCAUCAAUUUUGAGAAAAGAAGCUAAAGAGCUCAUUAGAGAUUGGCCGAUCGCGGACAUGUUAAACCUGAUUAAUCUUACAGCAGACGAUACAUUAACCAAAAAUCCCCUUUACGACAGAUGGCUUUGGCCCCUAAUAAGUCCUCCGCCUUUUUGUGGAAAGACGGUGCUUCUUGGAGAUGCAUGGCAUCCAAUGACACCCAACAUUGGUCAGGGUGCUUGUUGUGCGUUGGAGGAUUCAAUAGUUUUGACAGAAAAGCUAGCGGAAGCAAUGAAGUCCAAGCAUAUUUCUGUAGAGGAUGCAUUCAAAGCAUAUGGAAGUGAAAGAUGGAGCCGUGUCUUUCCAUUAACAGUAAUGGCAAAUCGUGUGGGAGCACUGCUGCAGUCUGAGAAUAAAUUGAUAUGUUCUGUUAGAAAUAUCCUUAUGUCUAAGCUGAAGCCCAGAACAAUGACGAGACAUGCCAAUUAUGAAUUUGAGCAAAGUAAAAGAGACAGACGUUAGUUUUUGGGGAGAACUUAAGAAUUUGAUAAUAGCUUGCUAAUAAAAUUUUCCAUCGAAUUGCAAUAGACAGAAUGUAUGUUUUCUUAGCAGCAUACAAAAAUAGCAAUAUAGAGAAUGUAUUUCAAAGCAAAAAGAUAUCUUGUAUUGUCAUUAAAUUCUUAACAACGAAUUUUCUAAUAGCAGUGUUUAUGCUUCCGCAUCAGAAGUCGGAACAUGCUUCAGCAUA